AGCGGUACGUAUUGCGCAUGUGCUGUGUAGACCCUGGGCCGGGUGUGUCGGUCCCGCCGUCUAUUGGUUCUGGUUUCCGGUCAGGAUGGCGGACCCCACGGUGGCGGAUACCCGCCGUCUAAACUCUAAGCCUCAGGAUCUAACAGACGCGUACGGUCCGCCCAGCAACUUCCUGGAGAUUGAUAUCUUCAACCCACAGACAGUGGGAGUGGGACGAAACCGGUAUACGGUAUACGAGGUCCGCAUGAGGACAAACCUUCCCAUCUUUAAACAGAAGGACUCCACUGUUAGGAGGCGGUACAGUGACUUUGAGUGGUUGAAGAAUGAACUGGAGAGAGACAGUAAGAUUGUGGUACCUCCAUUACCAGGCAAAGCACUGAAACGACAGCUUCCAUUCCGAGGAGAUGAGGGCAUUUUUGAAGAGUCCUUCAUUGAAGAGCGACGGCAAGGACUCGAGCAGUUUAUUAAUAAGAUCGCUGGACAUCCCCUUGCACAGAAUGAGCGUUGUCUGCAUAUGUUUCUGCAGGAUGAAACAAUUGAUAGAAAUUAUGUGCCAGGAAAAGUACGCCAAUGAGAAAUCUAGGCACAUCCAUCUCCUCCUUGCCCCACACAAAACCAUUGCCUGCUAAAUUACCUUUAUUUUUACACUAAGCCUCCAACUGUCCCCUCUUUUCAAGACCACAUUCUGUCCUUGAUUCUAUCCUGUGUUUUUACCUGUUUAUAUCACUGUUAGAUUCUUACACUCAGUAGAAUUAUUCAAGUCUGUUCAUUUCCAUCCCCUCCCUUGCCCGGAGUUGGGGAGAUGUUUGUUUUGGCCUUCAGCCUCCUAAUUCUUAGCCCUGAAAAAUACAAGCUUUCCUGAUGGCUCAGUUCCCUUCCAAGCAGUCUCUCGGCUAAAUGUGUAGGGGAACCGCCAUCAAAACUACUUCUGUUUGAGUAAAUGCCCAUGGAGUGCUAUAUCAAGUGGAAAACUUUUUCUUCCCAUUCACUAGUCCAUGACUGGGAGAUAUUUUAAUACAGUCUGUAACUUGUGCCCCAGGUCUUGAAGUGAUCAAGCGAGUGUACACUCUCUGCCCUCCCUGAUCAUCACCACAAGCGUGCUGUCUAUUUAAUGCUCAAAGUACAGACCUCAGAUAAAGUACAGGCGUCUAUCUGCUGCACAGCAAAAAUAUGUCUUGUCUGAUAUGUAAGUGGUUAUAACAGAUAACACCCACUCCAACUGAAUCGGGUUAAUUUUCAGAAAUUGACUAUUACAUGCUAAACAAAGAAUGUAUCAUUACAUUGAAGACCAUGUCUAAAACAUGUGAUCCACUGGAGAAGACAUGCUUGUGUUCCUGGAGCCUCCGGGAUGGUGGCAUUUGAAUUAUUGAGAUACAGCAUUGUGUCUCAGUAUGUAUUGGUUAAAGAUCGCCAUCAUCAAACAACCUUACGUUGCUUUGCCAUGUAUGUCGGGAAAGCCUUUGAGCUUAGGUGUAGGGGAGGGGGAGCAUAUUUAUUCAUGAUCAGCUUUGGAGUCAGGGGUCAGGGUGGCUCUUGGUUAAGUGUUAAAUUUGAGGUGUCCUAGCGGACACUGUGACCUUGUGCAUGUGCUGACCAGUUAUAACACACUCAGACCUGGGCUUAUAAGCAACUUUGCUGCCUGUGUCCUUGUGCUGGAGACCAUGUCUGUGUAUAUAAAUAUCUAUAUCUGAUAUUUUGGCUGUGUGUUGUCACUGCUUCUUCUGCUUUACUUAUUAUUGAUCUAUACGUGGAAACACUCUAAAUAUUUAAUUCCUAAACGUCACCAUUUGCCACUAAUCUGUGUGCCAUUUUGCAAUUCAUAUUUUACAUCACCUUCAAAGAUUUUGGUAGACUUAUGUUGUAUGUCAGAUGUAAUAGUGUCUCUUUGUGUAAUUUCCCUCAGAUGUAAAUCCUCGUAGCUAAACCAAAACUAUCCAUCCAAGCUACUACUUUAAUAUCGAUGGCCUAUCUUCAGGGUAGGCAAUCAAUACCUGAUGGGGUAGGUUCAGACACCCUGCACCCCUGCAGAUAAGCUGUUUCAGGGUAACUGGCACCAGAACUACACAGCUCUGUCUAUUGUGCAGUAGACUGAGCUUGAAACUGCACCAUUACUCCCAUUCACUUCAGUAGAAGCAGCUCCACAGUAACCAGUUCAAUCCACUACUACACAGUGGACGUAGCUGUGUACUUCUGGUGCCUUCAAUUAUUAAAGUAUGAGAAUCCCUUUAACAUUUCAUUAUAGGGGUAUUCCAAUUAUACACUAUUAUGGCAUACCCAAAUAGGGUAUAAGGAAUUAUGUCUGUGAGGAAAAGUACACAAAAAGAAACACUACUGCGUUCCUUGUACAAUAUAAAGCGUCUGUCCAGGAGACUGCUCCAGCUGUCACUCAGAUGGGAGGAGAGGGAAGCAGCUCACUGCAGAGAGGAUUUUAGCGCCUUGCGAGUGCUUGUGGGGUACAGAUAUCGUAAAAAUUUGCAGCAUAAAUUGAUAUUGAUUUUAAAUCUGCAGCAUUUCAAUUCUGUGGAUUUCAACUUUUGCAAUGCAAGAGAUAAAACUUUGCAACAAAUCUGCAGCAAUUAUGGGAAAAUCCAUCCUGGUGACUGUACCCUGACAGUUCUUUUGCACAGUAAUGGUGAUAAAAGAAAAGGUAUUUUAACGGAUUGUCACCCACCCGUUGACUAUGCACUCAUGUCUGCAUGCAUGUUUCUAAACGUCCCUGAAGAGAUUGCCGCUGCACACCAAUCAUAUAGCUGUGAGAGCAGGGGGCCUGAUGUCCGUGACAGCAGGAUUCCCCAUAGCGGAGGCAGGGACAUUUUAAAUUCUAUUUUACCAUCCCUGCCUUCCCAAUUGCUCUAAACAUAAAGCUUGAUGAGCGCUGUGUAUAGAGAUCAGGAAGCACCAACAGUGCUUACUGCUCCAGUCCCAGGCAUCUGCAUGAGCUGCUGGAUCUUAGCAGGGCUGUACAGCCUCUCUGGGCGCUGCAUUCCCCUUGUAACUGGGGCUACUAUGUCAGCCCCAGUUACAGGAGAAAUCGGCAAUAAAAAAAAAAAGUGUUUAAUGACCGUAUGGGGGGCACAAAGUGCUAAAAAAAAAAAAAUAUGCUGCCACACUACAGCUCCUCGUCUCUCCCCUGGCAACCAUAACCCAUAUAUCAAAUGACCGGUCUGGAAAGUUAUACAUAAUUAAGAAAAAGUUAAGUUGCCAACUGUGCUGUUAAAAUAUAAAUAAUUGUGAAAAACACUUAUUUCCCAGGGUAUAGAAACAAAAAAGUCCUAAAAAUGACAUUAAAAAGAGCCCCAGAUAUCACUGAAUAAAGGCACAAAAAUUAUUUACAUAACCAAACAAGAAAAUAAUGUUAUGGCUUUCAAAGAUGCAUGUACUAAAUACAAAUGAAUAUGCACCUGGUCUGGAACUGGUUAAACAGCAGUUCAUGGCCCCUACCUAGCGCUGUCAACAGUUUUACAGGUUCACAACUGCUGAUGGAUUCCCUGUGGAGUCUGAAUCAAAGUUGGUUUUGGGUGAAGUUGGUAGUAAUGCACAAACUCUGACUCCUGCUUACAAAUUAUUAUCUAUUAUUAAUAUGGUAUAAUUAAUUUAUUAACUUUCAUAGGAAGGAAUUAAAAAAUGUUUAUUAUAAAUAUAUAUUAUGUUUUCUAUCAGUCUAAGGCCCCUAUUUGUCAUAAACUAUGAUAAGCUGGGUGUUCUGGUGGUGAUACAUGAUCAGUUUUCACCUCCCUUGUGUUCUCUCUUGUCCCUUAUCCUAGGUAUCUUCAUGCUGCUCCAAGGCCCUUAGUUACAGUGCCUGAAACCAUGCUGCACAUGCUCAGUAGUGAAGUUCUUCCUCUAAAGACCAGAGGAUGAAGUUCACUACUGGCCAUGCCUGCAAUCAUCUCAGAACUGCUAGACAGAACAAGAAGUACAGUAUUAGAGGGGUUGCCCCAUUUUUCAAACCAACAUCUGAAUACUUUUGUAAUUGCAUGUAAUUAAAAAUUUAGUACAGCCAAUGAGUUAUUCAAUAAAAUAUCUGUAUAGCGCCA